AUGGACACAACUCGAUCCACUUCCGCUGUACAGGCGAUCGUGUCAACUUAUCGCAAAGCACCAGUGACGCUAUCCAUCUUUGCAUCGUACUUCAUCUCGCGCAUCGCCUCGAGCCUUUGGAUCGACUAUCGACUGUUUGUCUCGCUGCCUGGAGGUCCGCUGCCAAAGAACAUUCUAGGAUGGUCCCUGCACUACUUUGUGCUAUGGCCUCUCUCGCUUUCAAGCGCUUGGACGAGUAGUAAGCUCGUGAGGCGCUUCUACCCCAAGGAGGCAUCCCGUUCUGGUAGUAAACAGAAGCUGUCGACCGGGGCUGCUCUGCCGCAGAGACAAGGUCCAGCUCCGGUGACGGCAGGUGUCAUCCCUCAUCGACAGCUCACUCAAUUCUGCGGCGACUCCAAAGCUGCUGAGCAGCAAGACGAUUCAGAAGCAAAGGAGCAGGCUCGAGAAGCGAUUCGGUACGUUUUAUCCACUCUGCAGCAACAAGCCGAUUCUCAGCCGUCACAUCUGCGAAUCGGUCCCAGCAAGAUCGAAACACACUCGACAGCUCUCUUUGCUAUUUCACACACGCUUGUCACCGGCAGCGACCAAGUCUCUCGAUCGACACGUUCGGCCCUGUUCCCCUCUUCCCUCUCUCGUCGCUUCUUGUCCUCGGUCCGAGGCGAGUUUGCGCACCUCCACUGCCAAGCCUCUUCCGACCAGUCGGCACAAUCGGCAUGGUCCGACGACGGGAGCAUGCACUUGACGCUGCAUCCUCACGACGCUGCUUUGUUAGUGGAGCAAGGCUGGGGCGAGCUACAUUCGCUUGCUGGAUUCCCGUCCUAUUCAGGGUUCUGGCUUGGGUGGCCGGCUUGGCUAGUGCAUUUGCGACCCGACGGCAUCACGUCUGCGCGUUGGUGGACGAAGAGCUCACUGCCGAUAGACUCGAACGCAAGGGUCACAAAAGCCAUUGGUCUUCCACCAACGUACUGCCUCGUCUACAGCCCGAGAACCUUGGAUGAAGCAAAAGUGGUGCUCGACAUCAUCCAUGCAGCAACGACGUUUGCCAUCGGGUCUCGUAUCACAUCACACUAA